AUGGUUACUACUAAAGACAUAGAAUUCUGGCGUGAAUUUAUAAACCUAUAUCGCGAACUACCUGCAGUUUGGAAAAUAAAAAGUGAUGAUUAUAAAAACCGUGAUUUAAAGUCUCAAUGUUAUGUAAAGUUAACAGACAAACUAAAAGAACAUCAACCAACUGCAGAUAUAAAUUGUACAAAAAGAAAAAUUAACACAUUAAGGUCCAAUUUUCGAAGAGAGUUGAAGAAACAAAUCAAUAGUAGAAAAUCUGGAGCUGGUGCUGACGAUAUGUAUGAGCCCACUGUUUGGUAUUUUAAUGAUCUGGAGUUUCUAAGAGAUCAAGAAUGUCAGGAUAUUGGAAGGUCAUCCAUAGAAGAAGACAUGACUAAUUUUGUAAGUUUUUUUUAUUAG